AAGUACAUCUUGACAAAUAAACCAACGAGUAAACCAAUGCGACGUCGGGCGCCAGGCCCGGGCACCGCUAAGAGCGCACCUCUCUGGACGCCGCGCAGACCAUCCCCGCCGUAUCAUGAAUUGUGCAGCCAAGGCGCACAUGCAGAUGCAUGUGCCUCUAUCGCUGUGUCCGGUCCCGCCACCGCGCUUCCACGAGCUGUCACGCAACGUCCAGCACGUAAACGACCCUACGCGAUGCAGCUCCAUGCUGUAUAAUGAUUUCAUCAAGAAAUUGGUUUAUGUCAGCUGUAGCGAAAAGAACGUUGCCGACGGACAAGAGUUCGCUGACUGCUCGCAGUCUCGGCCGAAAGUCGUUGUCAUCCGGAGCUUGAGUCCAGGCCUCAGCAGUUACUCGGUAUUUGUUGAAGCGCUGCGUGGAGGCGGAGCAGAUGAGGUCUCCACGGACGAUGCCGAGUGGCCCCAGGCGUGCUUGUUCGGUGACGCCAUGCGUGCCAUCCUAGCGCUACCAAUGCCGCCUGGGCCUGGGCGCCUGGCGUUCUCUGCAGUUCCCCAGCACGGAGCCGAGGCAAUGCUGGCCGUGCUGCGUGAGGCUGGAUACGGCAAACUGUGGGACGAGCCAUGCUACCGGUACGCUCUGCGGUCAUCGCUGGAUGCGGCUGAGCUGCAGCGUGGGCAGGAGCUCCUCCGGAGCCUGCAGGCCCAGGGCCUUCCGUACAAGCUAGACACGCUGCGGCCGGGCGGGCUGCAGGCGGCACACGCCGCGUCCCCAGGCGUGACGUCAGUGGGACCGGCAGCUGGGACGCCUGGCGAUGUGGGAUCCGCUGCAGCCGCAGCAGCGGCUCGGGCUGGACCGGAUGCGCGGCUGGUGGACAGCAUGUGGACGUACCGCAGCGCGCACAGCCUGGCCCUUGUACAGCUGCUGAUCGAGCACCGCCACACCGUGUGUGUGAGGCUGCGGCGGGACAUGGAAACGGCAGAAGAUGCAGCAGAAGCAGCAGCGGCGGCGGCGGUUGGGGGCGGUGGCGACGGCGGUGGCAGCGGCGGCCUUGGCGCGGCUGGGGCCGAGUCCUGCGGUGCAGCGUCGCCGGGCAGUGGGGCUGGGUCGCCUGCGUUGGCAGCAGAGGCGCCCUUGCCGUUAAAGGAAUCGGACGCGGUGGCCUGGAUCCUGCAGUACGGUGACGGCUCGGUGGGUAUGGCCCAUACGCUGCCCGGCCACCGCCGGCGCGGCCUCAUGCGGCUGGCGCUGGCGGAGAUGGUGCGGCGGCUGCUGGGCGGCGACGGCCCGGAACAGCAGGCGGCGGCGGCGGCUCAGCAGGAGGGGGUGCAUGCGCAAGAACCGGGCCAGGCGCAGCAGCAGCACGAGGCACGACCUGCCAAGCCGUCUGGAGCUGCAGCUGGCAGCCAAGCAACGGUGGUUGCGAGCUCGGACGAGGUACUGACCCACAUCGCCGGCGUCAGCCAGGUUGAGGCUUUCGCGUUCAUCGUAAUGGAGAACACUGCCUCGGUGGCCCUGUUUGAGGGGCUGGGCUUCAGGCGUUGCCAGCGGAUGUACCACUGGUUCGGCGUGGAAGGCAGUGGCUAGCCAUGCGUGACGGUAGAUUCGCAUUGGUUGUUUGGCGUAGCGAUUGGUUGCGAGCGCGUGCGAAAGGGCAAGGGAUCUGGAGCGGAAGUGGAGAGUGCCAGGCAGAAUGCCGUGGCGCAUGGCCACGCAUGCGCGCGAUGGGGACAUAUGUUUCAGUUUCUUGACCAUUAAUCAACAAAUAAUG